GCUCGGCUAGCUCUGAAGAUUGCAACGAGGAACGCUUUUCCUGACGUUGAAGAUCGGGUAGUUCGAGUCCCUUCUGGUUCGGGCAGCAACAGCAAUCACACUCGGAACGAAAGCAUGCAAUCCGAGUAUGAGUCCCGCUCACCCAGCCUAGAUCUCCCAACAGAAAACCAGGACGUUCCUAUCUUAGUCUCGCGCUAUCAUGAUGCUGCAGCUGACGACGACGAUCUCGAUGGCACGGACAUCGUUAAUUCAACCAGAACGGUUGCCGACGAAGCUCGAGCGGUUAACGGAGUGCGACCGCACUGGUCCGACACCGAGGUCAUGCAGCUCGUUCGGGCUUUCGUGGAGCUGGACCGCGAGAUCGACCUCAGACGAGUCAUCCAUGGGUCCAACUACUACAGGGAAUUGCACUCCCUGAUUGUACAUAAGCAUCCCGAUUUCCGGCACUCGCAGGGUGCAGUCAAAUCGAAGCUCCUUCGAAUGAAGAAUAAUUACUACCGGCUGCAGAACCGGCUGGAACGGUCGGCCGUUAGUCGGACUGACCCAUUGCCGGAGUGGUAUGUGAUGAUGGAUUCGGUGAUGGAAAGGGAUACGUACAACUGGAGGGAGGCCAUUCCGAUGGGCCCGGCGAGGGAGAACCGACUAGAAGCUCGUCAUGCUUUGCCGUCGAGGUCAAGAGGUGUUGUAGCAGCAGCAGCAGCAGCAGUAGCAAAGGAAGAGAGUGCAAAAGGUGAUUCAAGUGGCAAAGACUUGGCUCCAUCCAAUGACACUCCAGCGUAUGCGUUCCCAGCUCUUCCGAGCUUGCCAACUGCAGCAGGCGCGAACUCGCUGCGGUAUGCAUCUCCAACCGCUCGAGGGUCAUCAGCAACCUAUGCAGCGACUACAGCUGCUGCGCCAGCGACUGUUGCUGCACCAUCUUCAGUUUCUGCACCAACCACAGCAGUUGCGACGUCAGUUGCAGCACGAUCCGUGGCUGCUUUGCCAACCACUCCCGCUCCAGCAGCAUCGAAAGCUCUGGCUCCAGCAACAGUUAUGGCACCAGCAACAGCGACAGCUCCUUCACCAGCAGCUGGCGAAUCAGGAGGAAGCUACUUGCAGUCCCUGCGAGCCGCCACCAUCCCACCUGCUGCCCAAGGUGGUAGGCUCGUGUCUCCCCCGUCUAAUCAGAAUGAGAGACGCAUGUCCCCCUCUUCUGCCCGAGAUGGUAUGCGCAUGUCUCCCCCCUCUGCUGGUAGGCUGGUCACUCCUUCCUCUGCCCGAAACGCUGGACGGAUGCCUCCCUCUUCUGCCCAAGAAGGGAGGCGGGUGGCGGCAGCAGGUGGGCCCGCAGGGUGGAGGGGCAGGCGGGGAUGGGCAUGGCGAGAGAGGGACGAUGCUGAGACUGGCAAUGCAGACUACAUGACAGCUGCUGAGAGCUUGGGUGCUGCGAUGGACGAGGCAGUGGAGAACGCGUUUGCUGAUUUCCAAGGGAUGACCCAGGAGUGGGUGGAGAGUGCGUGUGCUGAGUUUGAGGGCCUUGUGGCUGAGAUGGCGGAAAAGGCAUGCUUCCAGUUUAGGAGUGCCGCGAGAGAGUUUUCAGAGGCAUGGAAGGCUGGACAGGAUCACAAGAGGCGCAGGAGGUACUGAAAGACUGGAGUGGAGGUCUCACUGUGAAAUAAGUGGUUAUAGGACUCCUCUGUCCAUGUUUUGUACUGGACCAGUGUAGAUUUCCUGAUUGGGCAAAGGUCUUGCUUUCUUAGUCAGAUAGGCAGUUUCUGGGGUGAUCUCAUGUGAAUGAACGGCAUGAAGUGGA